AUUAAAAUUUUCAUUCAAUUUAGUGUUUUUCAAUUGUCUUGAUUUUGCUUUCAACAUGGAUCCCUACAAGAACGUACCAUCAAGCGCUCAUGAUUCCCAAUUCUGGACUACAAAUUCUGGUGCUCCUGUAUGGAACAACAACUCAUCCAUGACUGUUGGAGCCAGAGGUCCAAUCCUUCUUGAAGACUAUCAUUUAAUCGAGAAACUUGCGAAUUUCGAUAGAGAGCGGAUUCCAGAGCGUGUUGUCCAUGCUAGGGGUGCUAGUGCAAAGGGUUUCUUCGAAGUCACCCAUGAUAUCUCCAACUUUACAUGUGCUGAUUUCCUUCGAGCCCCCGAUGUUCAGACCCCUAUCAUUGUCCGUUUUUCUACUGUUGUUCAUGAGCGUGGCAGCCCCGAAACCAUAAGGGACCCCCGAGGUUUUGCUGUAAAGUUCUACACUAGAGAGGGUAAUUUUGAUCUUGUGGGAAACAAUUUACCUGUUUUCUUCAUUCGGGAUGGGAUGAAGUUUCCAGAUUUAGUACAUGCUUUUAAGCCCAAUCCUAAGUCUCAUAUUCAGGAAACCUGGAGGAUCUUUGACUUUUUGUCCCACAUUCCUGAAAGCUUGCACAUGCUCACCUUCCUGUUCGAUGAUUUGGGUAUUCCACAAGAUUACAGGCAUAUGGACGGCUUCGGUGUUAACACAUAUACCCUGAUCAACAAGGCCGGAAAAGUACACUAUGUAAAGUUUCAUUGGAAGCCUACUUGUGGUGUGAAGUGCCUGAUGGACGAAGAGGCAGUUAUGGUUGGAGGAGCCAAUCAUAGCCAUGCCACUAAGGAUUUAUAUGACUCGAUUGCGGCUGGCAACUUCCCAGAGUGGAAACUAUUCAUGCAAACAAUUGAUCCUGCUGAUGAGGAUAAAUUUGACUUUGAUCCGCUUGAUGUGACCAAGAUCUGGCCUGAAGAUAUGUUUCCCCUGCAGCCUGUCGGUCGCAUGGUCUUAAAUAAGAACAUUGAUAAUUUCUUUGCUGAAAAUGAGCAGGUUGCCUUCUGCCCUGCUAUAGUAGUCCCCGGUGUUUCCUAUUCAGAGGAUAAGUUACUCCAGACUAGGAUCUUUUCUUAUCCUGAUACUCAGAGACAUCGUCUGGGACCAAACUAUCUACAGCUCCCGGUUAACGCUCCAAGAUGUGCUCAUCACAACAAUCACCAUGAUGGUGCCAUGAAUUUCAUGCAUAGAGAUGAAGAGGUCAAUUAUUUUCCAUCCAAAUUUGACUCGGUUCGCCAUGCUGAGCCUUACCCUAUUGUUUCUGCCAUGUACAAUGGAAAGCGUGAGAAGUGUGUCAUUGAGAAGGAGAACAAUUUCAAACAACCCGGAGAGAAUUAUCGAUCUUGGACACCGGAAAGGCAAGAGCGAUUCCUCAAUCGGAUAGUUGAUGGCUUAUCGGAUCCCCGCAUUACCCAUGAGCUUCAUACUAUUUGGAUCUCCUACUGGAGUGAGUGUGACAAGUCCCUAGGUCAGAAGAUAGCAACUCGUCUCAACGUGAAACCAAGUAUCUAAAGAUGAUCCAUCACAUGGAAGAGAUUGUGCUCGUUCCAAAGCAAAAGAUUCUAAUAUAAUCUCUUAUUGUUCUUUUUUUGUUGUGUUAUUAAGCAAAUGUUUUGAAAAUAUUUUUGGUAGUAGUUAUCAUAUACUAAUAAAUCAUUAUAGCUGUUAUUAUAUGCUUGUUAUGUACUACGGGACAUGUUGUCCUGCAUAUGUAUUUACUAAUUUGGUGGUUCGAUUGUAUUUCUAUACUAUAUAAAUAUCAAAUAUAGUUUUAAUGUAA